CAGCCCCGCAUUGGCACGAAGAAAAAUCUCUCCACCCACGUCGCGCGGGCGCUGCUGAGAUCCGCCUCUGCGCCAGCACGCCCCGCCGUCUCGGCCAGCUGCAUCGCUCGAGGUCGUUGGUGAGUAACCUCCCUAGGAGGCGCUCGCGCUGCGGGAUCUCGGACUGACCGGGCCCGUCGCCAUCGCAAAGAGGCGCUCCCGCUCGCUCGCUAUCGCCGGCGACGAACGCCGACUGCCGAUCUCCGACUCCUCCGUCGAAGUCGUCUUCACCGGCCGUCAUCGACCUGGUCUUCGUCGGCCUCGCCCUCGAUUCGUUAAAGCGCCUGGCCGACCUCGUCGGUGAGGCCGCGCGGAUCUUGAAGCCGGAGGGCCAUCUCGCCGUGCUCACCUCCAGCACCGCUGAUGCCUACAACCUCCGCUCGCCAACCCCUGCGCCCCCGGCCGGUGAUGGACAAGAUGGCCUACAGCAUCAACGGCGAGAACGCGCACUACGGCACCCCGAACAACCCCUGCGCCCCCGGCCGCGUCCCCGGCGGCUGCGCCGUUGCCGUCGCCGCUAGCCUCGCCGACUUCGCCCUCGGCACCAACACCGGCGGCAGUGUCAGGGUGCCCGCCGCAUACUGCGGCAUCUUCGGCCUCCGCCCCUCCCACGGAGUGGUCUCCGCCGAGAACAUCGUCCCCAUGGUGCAGAUGUUCGACACUGUCGGAUGGUUUGCCAGAGAUCUAGCUACAUUGCCCCGUGUGAGCGACGUGUUGCUGCCGCCGGUCUCAACCGACACCGCCGAUGCCGAGCUGCGACAACCGAGCCGUGUCAUAAUUCCUGCUGACUGUUUCAGGAUCUUGGGCUCCUCUGAUGACGACCACACCUACGAGAUCCUCAAUGCUUGUGCGGCCAAAGUAUUCGGCGGCAGACAAGCUUCUCUCUCCUGAAUUUCAACCUUCUAUAGAGCAGUUGAUCCGUUACCUUCCAGCAAGUCGACAGAUUUUAAUGUUUUA